CAACCACACACCAGUCAAGAUGGCAAUGGCAAAACUAGUUUUAGUUUUAACCUUCUUCUUUAUCCAAUCUCUUACAACCUCCCUAACUCUUCCUCUCCCAGCAACAGCAACAAAAUCCUUUGUGUCGCCCAUUCAAAAGGACCGCUCUACGCUCCAAUACAUCAUCACUGCGUACCUGCAAACCCCUCUCAGGCAAGCCAAAUUACUCGUCGACCUCGGCGCUAGUUUUACCUGGGUCAACUGUGACGACAAGUACUUCCAUUCCACCACAUACAAACACAUACCUUGUGAUUAUCCACUUGCUGAUUUGCUAGGUCAACCUGCUUGCCUUGUCAACUGUGUGGAUCCGCCAGGUCCAAAUUGUGCCAACAAUUCUUGCUUGCUCUCUCCUGUGAACCCCAUCGAGCCUAUCGACUUUACAAGAAGUGACCCCAUUGCUACCGCCCUCCUUGACUAUUUAGCCUUGCCGGAAUUAAUAAAUGGUUCUUCUCAAGUUGGACCAUUGGAAAAAAUCCGCAACUUCAUCUUCUCCUGUGGUCAUACUAGUUAUCUCAAAGGCCUGGGUAGAGGUGUUGUUGGCUUAGCAGGUUUUGGCAGAUCAAACAUCUCCAUCCCAGUGCAGAUCACUCCACAUUUUUUUGCGAUUUGCUUGUCAGGUUCAAAAUCUCAGCCUGGUGUGGCCUUCUUUGGUUCUAAAGGCCCUUAUUACUUCUCGCCGGGAAUUGACCUGUCAAGUUCUCUUACUUAUACUCCACUCAUUGUGAACCCUGUCGGAAAAGACUCCGGACCUGACAAUAAGAUCGCUUCACCUGAAUAUUACAUAGAGUUGACUUCUGUAAAAGUAAACAACAAGGUGGUGCAAUUCAAUCAAUCCCUCUUAGCCAUUACCAGUGAGAAUGGUUUUGGAGGGACCACGAUCAGCACUGUUGCUCCAUAUACGAAGUUAGAGAGUUCUAUUUACAAAGCUGUUACUAGAGCAUUCUUGAAGGCAGCUGCUUCUUCAACUUACAAUCUUACUAAAACAACAACGAAACCCGUUAAGCCAUUCGGUGUCUGCUACCCUGCAAGUGACAUAAAGAUUACAAAGAUGGGACCUGUUGUGCCAACCAUCGAUCUUGUGUUGCAUAACAAAGAUGUCGUUUGGAAGAUCUUUGGAUCAAAUUCUAUGGUUAGGAUUGUAAAGAAAGGAGGUGUUGAUGUAUGGUGCCUGGCUUUUGUGGAUGGUGGGGCUAGCACUACCGUACGAGAUUCAAAUUGGAUUGGGAGUCCAUCUAUCGUGAUUGGCGGUCAUCAAUUGGAGGAUAAUAUGCUGCAAUUCGAUUUGGAGUCCAAGAAAUUGGGUUUUAGCUCCUCGAUUCUGUCUAAGGGAACUACUUGUUCCAAUUUCAAGUUUUCUACCAAGAAAAUCUAAAAGAAUGAACCCCGUUUUGUCUCAAUUUGAAUCUUUCUCUACUUUUUGAUUGUAAGCUGAACAAGGCUAAAGGAAAGGCCGGAGAUUUUCUUUUAAUAAAAUUAACCCGUAAAACUUAGGAUA